CCGCAUAUUCGACGUUGCGACAACCGUACUGCGAGACUAUUCGGCGUUCGUCGUUCGGUCCGAGCACAUUUAAUCCCACUUUUCUAUAACAUGCCUGCCGGCUACGAGGCAUUACCUCAGUUGCCGGAGGAGGAACUGGAUGACAGCGGGCAGAACGGCGCUGUCAAGUCCAAGCGGGGAAAGGCAACACGGCGCUCGCAGAGAUCCAGGCAUAUAGACCUGAGCAAACUAGACAAUGCUUUCAAGAGGUGGACAGAGUUUAUCUCCCAGAAAAUAAAGCGACAGAGAAAAUCAGAGGACUAUGCGCGCAAGGAUAUCUGGCAGAGUGUGUUUGACCCAUACCUUCCUGCAUUUUCCGAUUUUACCCCCCUCAUGGUAAAGACACUAGAUGACAAACCUCCCAUGAACCAGAUUGCUUUCGACACUCUCACACAGUCCGUCCGUAAUGCCAUCUCUGUAGGCAUUCAUCCAAAGAUGAUUGCAAAGGGUUCUUCUGGUUCUUAUUUUGUUCGAGCCAAAGUGGACGGAAAAGUUCAGACAGUCGCCGUCUUUAAACCAAAAGACGAAGAGCCGUAUGGCCGGUUGAAUCCUAAAACAACCAAAUGGUUGCACCGUCAAUUCAGGUGGCUCAUCCCCUUUGGUCGCUCUUGCCUCAUACCAAACCUGAGUUAUGUUUCCGAAGCGGCUGCGUCGCUCCUCGACGAACGCCUAGCAUUAAACAUCGUGCCUCGUACUCAACUCGUUUCACUUUCUAGUCCAGCUUUUUUUUACGAUUGGCUGGACAGGAGUGCAGCGAAGAAGGGUAAACCGCUACCUGAAAAGAUUGGCAGCAUGCAGCUUUUCCUACACGGCUACACUGACGCGUCAGACUUUCUGAGAAAACAUCCAUGGCCUGGUCGCCCAAUAGCAGAUACAUUCGAUGACUCGUCGCACCGAAAGGGGAUAUCAACAAAGAAAUGCUUGUCGGCUCUCAAAAUCAUUUGUGGUAAGACUGGUGACGAUGAGAAUGAUGAUGUAGAUCCAGAAGAGGAACAUACAUUAUUCGAUGCCACCGAGGAUGAUGACACUUACCACCUAGACUACCUCAUGCUCAAUACCGACCGCGGAGCUGACAAUUGGAUGGUCAAAUAUUGUGAAGGCGACCACAUUAAAUCUCCUGUUGCAGUUGCCCCACAAGCAUCUACGAAUCCCCGGAUGCCGCUAAUGAGUGAGCUUCGUCCUUUCGGGUCGCAUUCAUCGACCCAGGCAUCGGUUUCCUUCGCCGGAGUGGCUUCAUCGCCCCAUGGACCGCCCGUCUCCAGUGACUACACUCGCUAUCCACAUAUUCAUGUCGCUGCUAUUGACAAUUCUCUGUCAUUCCCUCACGAACAUCCGCAGGGAUGGAGAUCGUAUACGUAUGGUUGGCUUUACCUUCCCGUGAGUCUUAUAGGGCAGCCGUUCAGCGAGAAGACUCGGUCGCACUUUUUGCCUCUUCUUACGAGCAAAGCUUGGUGGGAGGAGACAACCUUUCAAUUACGAAGGUUGUUCGCAGUGGAUCCAGACUUUCAUCCGAAGAUGUUUAGGAGGCAACUGGCGGUUAUCAAAGGACAGGCUUAUAACAUCGUUGAGUCCUUGAAGCAUCCGUUGACACGCAGGACUAGAGCACUUGUUUGGGACGACGAGGUGGAAAUGCCAGAAGAAACCCCUUGUCUUCCUAGUGCGGAUCCGCUGAGUUCACCUCGCCCCUCUAUAAAUACGGUACCUCUGCCACAGCGCGCCAACAGGCCUGUACCAUUCUCGGCGAAGUUCCAAAAAGUGCACCCAGGUACUACUGGCGUCACGGUUCUCGAGCAUCUUGAACGCCUGGAUGCCGUUGAGGCUGGCCUACAGAGACUCGGUGUUGGGGAACCCCUUAUGGAAGAGGAAGAUGAAGUAGACGUUGGUGAAUUCUCCGUUUCCAGUCGACCAGCUCUGUCAAUACAAACGGAGGUUUCGAGUCGAGUACCGCUAGAGACGUCGGUGUCGCAGCAGUUCACGCCACCUGGAAGUCCGGACAGACUGACCUCGGUGCCGGAGGACCCCCCUUUGUCUACCUCCGUCACCGAGGAAGACUUAGCCAUUAUGUCGAAGUCAACAUCACAUGUGGAGCCACCAUUCUCCGUUCACACGCGGUGGAAGAGUCACGCAGGUUCUUCGAGACAUCAACAAGAUCGUAGCCUGGAUUGGAUGAACUUCGAUGAGCAGCCGAAACGGACUGUCAUUGUUGAGCGCCUCGAAUACGUUCAGGCGAAACCGCUGCUGAGCUGCUGGUAACCAAGGUAGCUACCUGGGAACGUGGUGUACAUACGUAUGAUGGCAUGGAGCGGAUCCAUCGGAAUAUUUGGACUGUUUGGUUCGUUGUGGCACUGACCAGAUAUAGUAGUCAACCGUAGGAUGACGGAAUGGAGCACUACAUAAUAACAUUUAGAGUCUAGUAUGUGUUCCCUGGAGA